AUGCCGUCUCAACCCCCACUACCACCCCUCCUCACCUCAUAUCUAUCAUCUCAGCCAGAGUCAUCACUGACGCUGAUAUCGUCUAUUCUUGGCGCGACAUCCAAUUGGCUGGUCCUGAGGUAUCUCUACUCAGCACUCAGCACCUCAAAUAGCUCCAAUGUCGCCAUAGGCUUUGACGAGUCGCACAACGGCGCAAAGAAGAAGGUCGUUCUUGUGAGCUUCCUGCGGGGCUGGGAAUUCUGGAGAGCAGAGGCUAAGCGAUUGGGCUUGGAUCUUGCACGACUGUCAGACAAGAAGCAAUUUGCUUUUGUGGAUGGACUGUCUGAGCUAUUUUGUCCCCCACAAACAGCAAAUGCUGCUCCCAGUCCUUCUCCCAUCAAUGCGGGCUUCCCUGCACGCACAACAAUCCCUCUUCGGGGUCCGCCAGGAGCUGUGCCUGGAAGAGCACCAGUUUCCGCCUUACCUGCACCCAGAAACGACAAUGUGGCACGCAGCCCAGCCGAGCUAGGCGUUGCGAAGAAACUGCAUUUCUCUGGACGUGGCACCGCAGCCCUGGAUGCCCUAGAGAAGGACAUACUCGCCGUCAUUGAGCAACUAAAGGCCGCCAGUGAUGAAAGCGAAGAAGUGCUCCUCAUUAUCGACCAACCGGACUUCCUUCUCGCGGCCACAGGUGCAAGUAUGGGGAUUGGAGCCACGGAAAUGAGCGAGUGGGUCAUGGGUCUACAGCAGACCGUUCAUGCUACAGCACUAACAGUUGCGGCUGAUUCCCCGCUGAUCCACAAUGCGGCUGCUUCUGGGAACCAGCAAUCUACGCCAGUGGAGGGGGAACAUGCAGCUUUUGCUAUUGGAUUGGCGCAUAGGGCAAGUUCGGUUAUGCAGCUCCGGACUCUAGAGACUGGAGCCGCAAGGGAUGUGAGUGGAGUGUUGAGAAUCAGCCGGGGUGGUGGGUUGAGUGGUGCGAAUGGCCUGGACGAGAAGGAGUUGCUGUACUAUAUUCAGCGGGAUGGCGGUGUCAAGGUGUUUGGGCGUGGAGAAUCCUGA